UAGAACAGCGGGGGUUGGGAACGGCUGGAGGAUCUGCAGAGCAACCGUUAAAUAGAGCGUCCGUAUCUUUUCGCCAUCAUUUGUAACCAAGUUUAUACCAUACCUAAUUUCUGGCUUGCUGGAUAUUUGAAUAUGCCUCUCACUGAACAGGUCACGUCGCAUCUCCGCGGUGUCGUGGAUAAGGCCUGCGAGGAUCCUUCUGGUAUCCCCGGUACUACCGUUGUCGUUGUGGAUAAGAAUGGCGAGGAGCUGUUCGCGCACUCUGCCGGGAAGCGCGGCGCUGCGUCGAAAGAGCCUAUGACGCUGGAUAAUAUCUUCUGGAUUGCGUCGUGCACGAAGAUGCUUGUCGGCGUGGCAUGCAUGCAGCUCGUCGAACAGGGUGUUUUGAAACUAGACGACGGGGCUCAAACGGAGAGUCUGUGUCCUGAGCUGAAGACAUUCCAGGUUCUUCAGGAGGACGGGAGUCUUGUCGACAAGAAUAAGGCCAUUACCCUCCGUAUGCUGCUAACCCAUACAGCCGGGUUUGGGUAUACAUUCUUCAAUGAUAGAUUGCGAGAGUGGUCCUAUCCAGCUGGGGUGGACGAGUUCUCUGGUCGGAUUGAAGAUGUUAAACUCCCUUUGCUAUUCCAGCCGGGUGAAGGGUGGGAAUAUGGGGUCGGGAUUGACUGGGCGGGAAUUGCAUUGGAACGAGCAACCGGUCUCAAACUGAACGAGUACCUGCAGAAGAAUAUCUUCCAGCCCCUCGGUAUCAAGGAUAUGUCUAUGAUUCCGAACGAGGAUAUGCGCCAGCGCAUGGCAUACAUGAACCACCGAGACGGGGAUGGAAAGCUCCGACACCGCGACCAUCUCCUGCGAGCACCACUCGUCGUCGAUUUAAACAAGGCCGAAGUCGACCGAGUAUUUAACAGCGGCGGUGCAGGAAUGUACGCCAAACCACAGGACUACUGCAAAAUACUAUCCGUCCUGCUCAACGACGGGACAUGUCCGAAAACAGGAACAAAACUACUCAACAAAUCCACCGUGGACGAUAUGUUCACCAACCAAAUCCCCCAAUUCCCAAACUACAGCAGACAAGGUAUUGCAGCCUCAAAGCCAGACUUGACCAACGCCGUCCCAGAGCUGUAUCCUGUUCCCGGAAACCCGCCGCAGGGGUGGGGACUGACCUUUAUGCUGUCUAACGGGGGUGGAACUGGACGGUCUGCAUCGACUGGCCACUGGGCUGGAUUGGCGAAUCUGUGGUGGUGGGCGGAUCGGGAGAAGGGCGUUGCUGGCAUGGUCUGUACGCAGAUUCUGCCUUUUGUAGACAUGCCUGUGCUUGGGCUGUGGGCGACAGUUGAGGCGGAGAUUUACAAGGCAUUGUCUUAGUGGUCUGUAAACCUGUAAUAAGCAUGAUGUGUUGCCAAUUAUUGAGUGAAUUUGAAUAUUCUUCCGGUC